UCCCCCGAUUCUAUCCCAACAGUCGUACAAGAUUCUCAUUCCCAUUUGAUCGAUUCGUUCCUCCAACGGGUACAAGCCAAGAUCACCCACAUAGGGUUUGGUCAUCAUGGUCAAAUAUGGAGGAAAUUGACAACACCAAUGGAAGAAGGAGACACCGACGUAGAAAUCGACCCAAGAGAAGAGGAAAACGUUGAAUAUAUGCUUCACAUUUUAGACAUUAAAGUGCCGAAGAAGGGGGCAGCUUUGGAGACUACUCCCAAAACAAAGGCCAUUCCAUGGCCUGAACUCGAAACCUCUCCUUCAAAAGCAAACCCCAAACUACAUUUGUUACCAGAACAGCCUUUGCACGCGGAGCCUAUGUCUAUGGGCACAGAUGUCACUAAUCUCCCACACGGGAGAGACAGACUUUCGAAGGAGAGAUCUACAAAGCGUAACUCGAGAGCCGAUUCGUGGCUCGCCGUCUUUUCGGGUGGGGGAUCUCCAGCAAACGGGAAGUCAAAUAAGUCGCCAUCUCCAGCUCCUUCUCAAAAGAAUGAAGGGAAGAAGUGGGUCAAGGACAUCAUUGCCUCAGUCACGUCAUCUGGUCAGCGGCCUGCUGCCCGCGUGCGUACACCAGAACACACGCCAAGAAUUGCGGCAAAGGAUUUAGUCAGCGACCCAGCUCCUGCUGCAGCAACAGUCAACCAUCACGGCCGUAUCGUCUCGGAAAACAUGUCAAACCCGUCCGUGGUGACGGAUACUUCUGCAAAUAAUCGCGCUUCUGUAUCCAUUACAUCCACCCCCGAACGUAUCUCUACCAGCAUUCCACCUUCGCGUUCUCCUCUCCAUGCCAACAAUGAGCAAAUACUAACCUUCCUUGAACGAGUAAUUAUACACGAUGCCGCCCCGGACGACCUGAAGUUGAGAGAUUGCUUCAAUCACUACGGGAUCAGGGUCGACGUCCAUAGAUAA